UCUCUCCUCCCGCAUCCGGGCCGUUUACACUGAACUACACGGAUCGCAAACCGGAAGUGCCGAAUGAAAUUUGCAAGAUUGGCAGAGUUGUGAAGACUUCAAUAGGGAGCGCUGAAAAUUAGAGGACCAUCAUGUCCUCUGACCUGCUGGUGGACCUUCACGAUGAUCUGGGAGGAGAUGACUCUCCUAGUGCUGCCCUGGACCAGCUCAAACUGGUACAGGACAAACAGUGGCCACCAGAUGACCCUGCUGGCCUGAGCAAAUCCGCUUCAGACAUUAAAAGCCUUGGUGGCACAUCACAUCUGCCCUGGGAUGACCCGUUCUAUGACAUUGCCAGACAUCAGAUUGUGGAGGUGGCAGGUGAUGAUAACUUUGGUCGAAAGGUCAUUGUUUUUAACGCUUGUCGUAUGCCUCCCCAACAUCAGCUGGAUCAUCACAAACUUCUCAUGUAUCUGAAGCAGACUCUUGAUAAGUAUGUGGAGAGUGAUUAUACCCUCAUCUACUUCCAUCAUGGUCUAACCAGUGAGAACAAGCCCUCUUUAAGCUGGCUUCGGGAUGCCUAUCGAGAGUUUGACAGGAAGUAUAAGAAAAAUAUCAAGGCGCUGUACAUUGUCCAUCCCACCAUGUUUAUCAGAACCAUCCUUAUUCUCUUCAAACCAAUCAUCAGCUUUAAGUUUGGCCGUAAGAUAAAUUACAUAAAUUAUUUGAGUGAGCUGGAGGAGAUUGUGAAGUGUGAUCAGCUUGUGAUCCCCACCAGAGUCAGAGAGUAUGAUGAUAAGAUCCGUCUGUCCCUGAAGCCGUCUGUCGUCCCUGGACCCAUCUCUCCCCCUCGUAGCCCUCCUCUUCCUUUCCAGCAGUUUGGGGUCCCGCUGUCAGAAUUGAAACACAGGGCAGCAGACUCAGAAGGAAUUCCACUAGUUAUGCGUGAUACCAUUGGAUUCCUGCAAGAGAAUGGUCUUAAGACAGAGGGAAUAUUCCGGCGUUCUGCUAAUGUUUCUUUGGUUAAGGAUGUUAAGCUGAAAUAUAACUCAGGAGAGGAUGUGAAUUUCUCUCAGCUGGACGAUGUCCACUUGGCAGCUGUGAUCUUAAAGAUGUUCCUCAGAGAACUGCCAGAGCCACUGCUCACCUAUCAGCUCUACAACGACAUUGUCAACUUCCACAAUGUUGACACAGAGUCUCAGGCAGAAAGGAUUCGGAACAUGCUGACGUCACUUCCUGAGGAGAAUUAUGCAUCACUGAGCUUCCUCAUACAGUUUCUUGCUCAGGUGUCUGCUGAGAGUGAAGUCAAUAAAAUGACCAAUCCCAACCUGGCUGUGGUAUUUGGGCCCAACUUGCUAUGGGGGCAGGAUGCUUCCAUGACACUCAGCGCGAUCGGACCAAUCAACAACUUCACCCGCAUCCUGCUCGACCUGCAUCAGGAGGUCUUCAUCCAAUGAGGAGCAGGAGAACUUUUCACAACGACUCCCCUCCGUCCCUCCUAGUUCCAUAGCUUUGCUCCUCUGUCGCUGUGUCCCGUCCUUCGUGUCUCCCUCAGUAUUGCCAAAUGCAUGAGUAUUUAAACUGGGUGACGAAAAAACGAAAAAAAGGAUAGUGGAGGGCGCAGAGCUGUCACAAAUGUUUAGGCUGUGAUCAAAUUCUGACAAUCGUCUGGUUUUCUCUCCUGCAGAAGUCAUGUAGCUGCUGUCAGACAAAAUGGUACUGCACAGGCACAAGAGUUUUUAUAUGGCCUGUUAGCAGGGGCCUAAAUCAAUAAACCAACAAAGUGUACAGGUAGCUGCUUUGAUUUUUAUUUUUUUGGUAGCUCAUCAGCUAUGCUAUUAUGUGGUGGACUUGACCGAAUUCAUUUCAGUUCAUUUUUCCAAAAAGUAAAAUUAGAGUAAAUGCAUACAUUCCUCAUUUUUGUAAGCCAUAGUUAGCACAAGCUAUGGACAAGUAUAAAGCACUACUACUCAAACUUGAAACAUUAUUUUAAACAUGCUUAUUUCUUAUUACAUAAAAUAUAUGAUAUUAUGUAUUGUUUCAAAGAGCAUCAGUCUUCAUUUAUAUUAUCAUAUCAUUAUAUUAUUAUUUCUAUAAUCCGUUUCAUCUUUUUUUUUUGGUGUCUUAGUGAUUCCAGGAACAGGGCAGAUGCUUUAUGGCCAGCACAAGUUUCCUGAUGCUGAAACAGAAAAGUUAUUUUUCUGAUCAAAACCUGUACGUAUGUAUGUGUGUGUGUGUAUACACACACACACACACAUCCAUACAUACAUACACGCUGUAUGUCAGCCAACAGUCCGCUUCUUCUCUCUGUAUGUGUGGAGUUGUGUGUGUUUUGUGUGAGGUCUGUUCAGUAAUGCUGUUGUAGUAUUCUACCCCAGACAUAUUUAUUUUUGGCCAAAGUUUAUAUGGUUAAAAUGUUGGUGUGAUCAAUUUUAUUUGUAUCUAGAAGACGUACUGCCUGUUGAGGACAGUGCCUUUACACAUGGGCGUAUUUGAAACAAAAGACAGAAAAAGCAAAGAACAAUUUGAUGUUAUUUUGUCCUCUUAGUAAAAUUGUGGUUUUAUCUAUGAGGAAACGUAUCAUAGUGCUGGAGUACAUAAAAUCCAAGUACAGUAACAUUUUAGUUGUAUCACAGGGCUCUGUGGAGUGGAGCGGGAGUUUCUGCUUCGCUGUAGAUUUAUGCGUAACGGAAUGAAUCGUUCGGAUUUCGCACAAUGGAGUCUUGUUUCAUGAGUCUAAAAGAACCAUAAAGCAGGUACUUGGGUACUAAUAAUUUAGCACUAAUGAGUUAAGUGUCAUAUGCCUUGAUAUUAAAUUGUAACUGUUUACUGUGUCAUGUAAACGUCCUAUUCAUGUCAAUCCACCGAGCAUUGACAUGUGGACCAGUGGCUUAAAUAGUUUUAGACAAGCGCCCUCAAACCCAAGUGUCUGUGUGCCUUAAUGGAGUGAACUGGCGAUGAUAUUAGCUGUUAAAUUCCCUUUCUCUGGACAGAUCUGUGAACUUUGUGCCAUUUUGUUGUAUCUGUAUCCAAACACCUACCUGUUUACCUGUACUGUAGAUGUGCAUUUCUGGUUUCCAGGUGGAACUUUGCAUUACUUCUUUUGUGAAGGUUCUUUUCUUCCAUUUUGGCUGUUAAAAUGUAUUCUGUGCUUUUGAAAUCUUUACUUUUGUAUAUCAUGUUGUGGUUUCAGAGUAAUAAAUUGAUAGAGAUGGUGUAAUAU